AUGAUCCGUUCCGCUGUCCGACCCUCGCUGUCCUUGAACACGGCUGCUGCCCAAAACUCUAGCUCGCGAGCCUCGCUUUCGCUCCGAUCCCCCGCCGGCUCGCGCACGCCCAUCUCGCCUGUGAACCCAGCUGCCAAGCGAUUCAGCACCUUACAGGUACCAAAUUACGCCUACGCCAACUCUUGUUCGUCUAAGAGCAUUCUCAAGAAGCAUGCGUCUGCUCCAGGAGCCCGAGAGAAGCGCAUCACCUUUCAAGGCAGCCCGACUGUCCACUGUGUUACGCCAAUCGAGAACCCGGACGAGUACUACGGCAAGCACGUUAAGAUGAGCCGAGAUGAGCGACGCUGGACUGCUCGUCAGUGA